GGCUGCGGAGUCCAGCGGCUCCAUCGAAGGCUCGGCAACCCCCAGCAGAAGAGAGCCGGAGAGAAACCCAGGAGAGUGCUAGCCGGACAGUCCGCCGGCCAGGGCUCCGGGGACGCUCCCGCCGCUCCAGGUACUUCUCCGAACCGCUGCCAUGGGAGAGUCGGUCCCGGGUGCCGGGGACCAGCCGCCUCUGCCGCCGCGCCCGCCUCGGAUCGGCGGCCCCAGUUCGGGCGCCCGCAGCCGGCCCUCCGCGUACCCCUCCCGGGCUGCAGGGCCGCGUCCGCCGCGUCUCCGGUCCCGGCUGUGCCUGUGAUGAGCCGCAGCUCGCCGCGAGGUCUGCCCCCGGGCGCGCUCCCCCGGCUGCUCCCGGCAGCGCCUGCAGCAGCGCCGCGCGCCCUGCUCCCGCCGUGGCCCCGGCGCGCAGGACGCCGCUGGCCUGCGUCCCCACUCGGGAUGAAGGUGUUCCGCAGGAAGGCGCUGGUGCUGUGCGCGGGCUACGCGCUGCUGCUGGUGCUCACGAUGCUCAACCUCCUGGACUACAAGUGGCACAAGGAGCCGCUGCAGCAGUGCAACCCCGACGCGCCGCUGGCUGCCGCGGCGGGGGCGGCCGGGGGCGGCUGGGGACGGUCGGGGUCGCCGCCUGCCGCGCCAGCCCGCGCUCACCCGCGCGUGGACCCCCGCACCCCGCACCGUCCUUUGGCCGCUGGCGUGGGGCCAGUUCCCGCAGCCGCGGCUGGGGUUUUGGGGGCUGCGGCCCCUCCAGGCAAUCGCACAGGAGGCACUGGGGGUGCUAGGGACAAGCGGCAACUGGUGUAUGUGUUCACCACGUGGCGCUCGGGCUCGUCCUUCUUUGGUGAACUCUUCAACCAGAAUCCCGAGGUGUUCUUCCUCUACGAGCCUGUGUGGCACGUGUGGCAAAAACUGUACCCCGGGGAUGCAGUUUCCCUGCAGGGGGCAGCGCGGGACAUGCUGAGCGCUCUCUACCGCUGCGAUCUCUCCGUUUUCCAGCUCUAUAGCCCCGCGGGCAGUGGGGGGCGCAACCUCACCACGCUGGGCAUCUUUGGUGCAGCCACCAACAAGGUGGUGUGCUCGUCGCCUCUCUGCCCCGCCUACCGCAAGGAGGUCGUCGGGCUGGUGGAUGACCGCGUGUGCAAGAAGUGCCCUCCUCAGCGCCUGGCACGCUUCGAGGAGGAGUGCCGUAAAUACCGCACCUUGGUCAUCAAGGGCGUGCGCGUCUUCGAUGUGGCAGUGUUGGCGCCGCUGCUUCGAGAUCCUGCCCUGGACCUCAAGGUCAUUCACCUGGUGCGUGAUCCCCGAGCAGUUGCCAGCUCUCGCAUUCGCUCUCGCCACGGCCUCAUCCGUGAAAGCCUGCAGGUGGUGCGAAGCCGGGACCCGAGAGCCCAUCGCAUGCCCUUCCUGGAAGCCGCUGGCCACAAGCUGGGUGCCAAGAAAGAGGGCAUGGGCGGGCCAGCAGACUACCAUGCGCUCGGCGCGAUGGAGGUCAUCUGCAACAGUAUGGCCAAAACUCUGCAGACGGCCCUGCAGCCCCCUGACUGGCUGCAGGGACACUACUUGGUGGUGCGGUACGAGGACCUGGUGGGAGACCCGGUUAAGACACUACGGAGGGUGUACGACUUUGUGGGGCUGCUGGUGAGUCCUGAAAUGGAGCGGUUUGCCCUGAACAUGACCAGCGGUUCGGGUUCCUCCUCCAAACCAUUCGUGGUGUCUGCCCGAAAUGCAACUCAGGCCGCCAAUGCCUGGCGGACCGCGCUCACCUUCCAGCAGAUCAAACAGGUGGAGGAGUUUUGCUACCAGCCCAUGGCAGUGCUGGGCUACGAACGGGUCAACAGCCCCGAGGAGGUCAAAGACCUCAGCAAGACCCUACUACGGAAGCCCCAGCUUUGAGAGGGGGUUCCCAGGAGAUCCGACACCCUGUGGAGACACCCACAAAAAGGAUGGUGUUGUGUUUAAACAAACACAGCCCAGACCCAAGCUGAGGAAGCCCACAUAUUCUAUUAUAGAUAUAUAAUAUAAAUAACCACGCGGGCACUUGCUGUCGAUGUUUUGAGUCAGUGAAUUUCAAGGAACAGCCACACACAUGCGUGUACACACACACACACACACACACACACACACACACACACACACACUCCCUCAGAAAAGGCAAGACUUGAAAGUUCUGACGAAUUGCCCCUCCUGUCCUCUGCCUCUCUUCCCUUCCAAUCUCCUAGUUCCUGUCCUCUUUCCCACACCCACCUUCCAAUUCAAAGUGGAAUGUUGAUGAAAUCAAGUUCCAGUAACCCAAAUCUUGUUUACAAAAUUUUCGUGGUAUCUGUGAAUGUGUAAAAGUAAUUUGGAUGUCGGGUGGGUGGGUGGAGAAGGGGAAAAGUGGUUCAGGAGCAGAAAGCCCCACUGGGCUGAUAAACCAAGGAGACAUUCCUCGGAGGUAGGCUUUUGUGUAAACAGCAAAGGUUACAUGUAAGUAUUAAUAAAGAGGAUAAUAAAUA